AUGAGUGCUCGAUCUUCAUAUUCUUGUUUUCACUUGUUCUUACUUGUUGUUUUGGCCUUGUUUCGUUUAUGCUCAUCUAAUCAAAACUCUCAUUGCAAUGACGUUGAGAGACAAGCACUUCUCUGGUUCAAGCAUGGCCUCACUGAUGAAUCACGACGACUCACUUCGUGGGUUGCUGAGAACAAGGACUGUUGUACAUGGGCUGGGAUAGCUUGUAAUAAUUCUACAGGUCAUGUUCAUCGUGUUCAUCUUCCUGGACUUGAUGGCAUGACAUUAAAAGGUGAUAUAAGUAAAUCUUUGUUGGAUCUAAAGCAACUCAAGCAUUUGGAUUUGAGUUGCAAUGAUUUUGGAGGCAUCCAAGUUCCUAAAUUCAUUGGGUCUUUUCAAAACCUAAGGUACCUUAACCUUUCAUAUUCCAAUUUUAGCGGAACAAUCCCUCCACAGCUAGGGAAUCUCUCAAAAUUACAUGUUCCGAUUCUUGGAAGUUUUCAUGGUCGAUUGUCUGAAACAACGAGCAUGGCGAAUAUGAAAUGGCUGUCAGGUCUUGGUAUGUUGCAUCACCUCGAUAUGAGUGGUGUGGACCUUAGCAAAGCAACCGAUUGGCUUCAGGUGAUUAACUCCCUUCCCUCAUUGGUUCAGCUACAUUUGUCUGGAUGUGAACUCUCAAAUCUACACAUGUAUGUUCCUAGUGUCAAUCUCAGAUCCCUCUCUGUUCUCGAUCUUUCUUACAAUAAUUUUAACAGUUCAGUAUCACAGUGGAUAUUCAGUGUAACUAGUCUAGUUUCAUUGGAUUUAACUGAGUGUCAUUUUCAUGGUCCUAUUCCUAGCUUCCGCAAUCUGACUUCUCUUGAGUUGCUUCAUGUAGCCAUGAAUGAUUUCAUGAAUUCUUCCUCAAUAUUUCAAGAGUUGUCCAGUAGUAAUCUCAUCUCGUUAGAUAUUAGUGGUUGUGGUAUUUCAAGUUCAGUUCUAGAUUCCCUUCAAAAUCUAACAAAUCUUAUUAGCCUCCACUUGACUGGAAAUCAACUCACUAAGAGAAUACCUAAAUCAUUGGGUAACUUUUGUAAGUUGAGAGAGAUUGAUUUGUCUGGUAACAAUAUUGGAAACUUGUCAUUUCUCAGAACAUUAGAUCUUAGCGAUAAUCAAAUUUCUGGUCCCAUUCCAUACUCAAUUGGACGAUUAUCAUCAUUGGAAGAGUUGUAUGUUGGGUAUAACCAAAUAAAUGGCAACCUUCCCGACUCAAUUGGACAAUUAUCAUCAUUGGAGGAGUUGAGUGUUGUGACAGAAGCUCACUUUAUCAAACUAGUGAGCUUAAAGUAUCUAUAUGGAUCAGCUAACAAAUUAAUCUUAAGGCUGCAAGUUGCAAACUGGAUUCCCCCUUUCCAGUUGAGAUCCUUGUAUCUGAAAUCUUGUGUUUUAGGGCCUCAAUUUCCGUUGUGGUUGCAAUCACAAAAGGAUUUAAAGGAAUUAGACAUAAGCAACACAGGCAUUUCAUCACCCAUGCCUGAAUCAUUUGUGAGAUCAUUCUCCAAGCUAUUAUAUUUGAAUAUGUCAAAUAAUCAUAUCCGAGGACCAUUAACGUUCUCUGGUAUCCCUGCCACACUUGAAUUUAUUGACAUUAGCUCGAAUGGGUUUUGGGGAACGUUACAUCCUUUGUUGUGUUCCAGUGGUGUGACAACAACAUAUUAUCUUGAUUUGGAAAAUAAUCAUCUCUCGGGUGACAUUCCAGAGUGUUGGGAGAAAUGGCCAAGGUUGGGUAUCUUAAAUUUGGGGAAUAACAGUUUGUCUGGUGAAAUUCCAAGAACAUUGGGUUCUUUAGAUUUACAGUAUCUGAACAUGCAUGGGAACAAGAUCUCCGGAAGAUUACAUUCUUCUCUAAUGAACUUAACAGAACUAGAUGUUCUUGAACUUGGAAGGAAUGAACUUACUGGAAGCAUUCCAACAUGGAUUGGAACAAAACUUACUCAUUUAAGAAUUCUUAACCUUAGAUUAAACCGUUUUGACGGAAAUAUUCCUCAUGAGCUUUGUCAUAUUAGACAUAUUCAAAUAUUAGAUCUUGCUCAUAACAACCUAUCUGGAAAUAUUCCGAGAUGCUUUAACAACUUUAGUAUACUUUCCGGCAUCGAAAGCAAUUCAGGAGAUGACUUUAGUUACUUCAUUAAUGGACCUGAAAAAAUUACUGAAGGUGAUUCAUUGGUGACGAACGAACGAGAGGACACAUAUAGCAGUAUUCUUCCAUUAGUGAUGUUGAUAGACCUUUCGAGUAACAAUCUCACCGGAUACAUUCCUAGUGAGCUAACGUCCCUCUUGGAGUUAACAUCGUUGAAUUUAUCAAGAAAUCAAUUAAGUGGAAGUAUCCCAGAGAAGAUCGGAAACGUGAAAGAACUGAUGUCUUUAGAUUUAUCCGUAAACAGGCUUUCCGGGGAACUUCCCAUGAGCUUGUCAAGUUUAAAUUUCUUAAGUAGCUUCAACGUGUCCUUCAACAAUUUAACAGGAAGAAUUCCAACAGGUACACAGCUUCAAAGCUUCGGUGAGUCUAGCUUCUUUGGCAACAAACUUUGUGGAGCUCCACUAACCGAAGCUAAUGGUUGUGAACCAGUUGAAGCAGCAACUCAUACGAUAGGAGAGAAAAAAGAAGACGAUGGAGUAGAUUGGGGGUUGAUUAUAAGCAUAGUGGUUGGAUUUGUUUGUGGAUUUUGGAUGAUUAUGGGUCCAUUGAUAGUGAGAAGAUCAUGGAGGAUUGCAUAUUUCGGUUUUCUGAGUAAAUUGAGUAAGUUUGUUCUUUGUUUGAUCAUUUUCAUUGAAGCAGUAAAGAAAAAUGUAAAAUGUGAUGCGGCAAAUAUGGGGAAAUUGAGAUGUGCUUUGAUAAAAUGA